AUCUCACUUCUGUUUCGACCUUUUCAGCAUCCACAGAUGGCAAUUUCUAAGAAGGCGGGAAAGAAGGCUGCCGCCCCGGCAAAGGCAGGGGCCACGAAAGUAGCCAAGGCAGACUGGAAGGAGGGUUUCAAGAAAAAGCAGGUCGGAGUCUCGGAUAUGACCCUGCUGACCACGAUCAGCAACGAGAGUAUCAACGACAACCUCCAGAAACGCUGGUUGAAUGCCGAGAUAUAUACUUACAUCGGUGGCGUCCUGAUAUCCGUCAAUCCUUUCAGAGAUCUUGGCAUCUACACCGACGAAGUACUGCAGAAGUACAAAGGCAAGAACCGGCUAGAGGUACCUCCUCAUGUUUUCGGUAUCGCAGAAUCUGCGUACUACAACAUGAAUGCAUAUCACGAGAAUCAGUGCGUUAUUAUCUCGGGAGAAUCGGGUGCAGGGAAGACCGAAGCUGCCAAACGUAUAAUGCAGUAUAUUGCUGCGGUAUCAGGAGGCCAGGACAACAGCAUACAGGAAAUCAAAGACAUGGUGUUGGCUACAAAUCCAUUGUUGGAAAGUUUUGGCUGUGCUAAAACUCUUCGCAAUAAUAAUUCAAGUCGGCAUGGAAAGUAUUUACAAAUUAUGUUUAAUGCUCAGGGUGAACCUGUUGGGGCUCAGAUUACAAAUUACCUGCUGGAGAAGGGCCGUGUGGUUGGUCAGGUGGAGAACGAACGAAACUUUCAUAUCUUCUAUCAGUUUACGAAGGCUGCGUCCGACGAUCAACGGGAGCAGUUUGGUCUUCAGGGUCCGGAGUCAUACGCAUACACAAGUGUGUCAAAUUGCCUGGAAGUCCAGAACAUCAACGAUACCGAGGAUUUCGGAGCCACACUAAAUGCGAUGCGGAUCAUUGGCCUCACCGCAAACGAGCAAAGUGAAAUAUUUCGAAUGCUUGCUAUCAUCCUUUGGCUUGGCAACGUUCAAUUCGAGGAGAUGGACGACGGAAACGCCAGAAUUGCAGACACGAGUGUUACCGACUUUAUCGCUUAUUUGAUGGAUGCGGACUCUGCCACGCUCCAGAAAGUGCUCACAACGAGAGUAGUGGAGACACAGCGUGGUGGUCGACGGGGUUCAAUUUAUGACGUGCCUCUCAACCCAACGCAAGCUACAGCAGGGAGGGACGCCUUGUCGAAGGCGAUAUACAACAACCUAUUCGAGUGGAUCGUGUCAAGAAUCAACAUCUCAAUGAAACCAAGGGGUGCGACCGCUCAUGUCAUUGGCAUUUUGGAUAUCUUCGGUUUCGAGAUUUUUGAGGACAAUUCAUUCGAGCAAUUGUGCAUUAAUUACGUGAACGAGAAGCUCCAACAAAUCUUCAUCGAACUGACAUUGAAGACCGAGCAAGAAGAGUACGUAAGGGAGCAAAUCAAGUGGACACCCAUCAAAUAUUUCAACAACAAGAUUGUGUGCGACCUCAUAGAAGAGCGGAAACCACCUGGCAUAUUCGCUGCGCUAAACGAUGCUUGUGCGACGGCGCAUGCGGACUCUGCAGCAGCCGAUAACAGCUUCAUGCAGCGUACGGCUAUUUUGUCGUCUAAUCCCCACUUCGAAGCCCGCGGGACACAGUUCCUUGUCAGACACUAUGCUGGCGAUGUCACGUACAACAUUGCAGGAAUGACAGACAAGAAUAAGGACGCAUUGAUCAAGGAUAUCUUCGACCUCAUUGGCAGUAGCGGAAACCAAUUCCUUCAAUCCCUCUUCCCGGACCGCCCUGAUCCCAACAGCAAGAAGCGCCCCCCGACAGCUGGAGAUAGAAUCAAGAGUUCUGCUGGUGCACUUGUGGACAAUCUGAUGAAAGCCCAGCCGUCAUAUAUUCGAACGAUCAAGCCGAACCAGAAUCGCAGCUCAACUGAAUACGACUCCAAAGCUAUUCUUCAUCAGAUAAAGUACCUCGGACUACAGGAGAACAUUCGUGUCCGGCGGGCUGGCUUUGCCUACCGCAACACUUUCGAGAAAAUGGUAGAAAGGUUCUACCUUCUCUCACCAUCGACGUCAUACGCGGGUGAAUACACUUGGCAAGGGGACACAAAAUCGGGAUGCGUGCAGAUCCUGAAGGACACAGGAAUUCCCAAAGAUGAGUGGCAGAUGGGCGUUACGAAAGCAUUCAUCAAAAACCCAGAAACUCUUUUUGCGCUAGAGACGAUGCGUGACCGCUACUGGCACAAUAUGGCUGCUCGCAUCCAACGUGCCUGGCGCAAUUACUGGCGCUACAAAAACGAAUGCGCCAAGCGUAUUCAACGGUUUUGGAAGAACAACAAGGAGGGACUUGAAUAUGCCAAGAUUCGCGAUUAUGGUCAUCAAGUGCUUGCAGGCAGGAAAGAACGCAGACGUUUCAGCCUUCUUGGCUAUCGAAGAUUUAUGGGAGACUAUCUGGAUGUAAACGGCGAAAAUGCGUUAGGCACGGAGCUACGUUCAGCCUGUGGAAUUGGCACCGAAGAAGUCAAUUUCAGCUCUAAAGCACAGCUACUAAUUUCAAAAUUCGCUCGCUCCAGCAAACCGAGUCCUCGCUUCUUGGUAGUGACGAACAAAGCUGUGCAUGUUGUCGUCAGCACAGAGAAGGAUGGCCAGGCCCACUUCGCGCUCGAACGCAAGAUACCGCUCAUUACCAUCAAGAGCAUAUCCAUGUCAAAUUUACGGGAUGAUUGGAUGGUUUUCAACUGCAACGCCUCUGAGGAAGGCGAUCCUGUUGUUCACUGCUACUUCAAGACCGAGCUCGUUGUCCAGCUUUUGCGUCUGACACAGGCGUCAAUAAAUGUCUCUAUUGGACCAACCAUCGAAUAUGCCAAAAAGAAAGAGAAGAAGCAAGUUAUCACCUUCACGAAGGAUGAGACGGUUGUUCGUGAUGAUGUGUACAAAAGCCAUACGGUUCGUGUACCCUCGGGAGAGCCGCCGAAUAGUGUGUCGCGCCCGCCACCAAAGCGGAAGCCAGGUACUGUGAGGCCCAUUACUCAAGGAAAAUUAUUGCGGGCGGGUGGACCAUCCAACAAUUCGAAACGCGCGCCGCGUACCAAACCAGCUGCCCAACCGCUUCCUGGGAAGCCCGCAACUAGUGCUGCCGCGGCAUUCCAGUCACCGCCCGUAGCUAGAACCCCUCCUCCUCCUCCGCCCCCUCCUGCACUGGAGGAGCCUGAUGUGGAACAAUAUCGUGCUAAAUUUGCGUUUGAGGGACAGGAAGGGGAGAUAUCUCUGAAGAAGGAUGACGUUGUCGAGUUGGUCGAGAAGGAUGAAAACGGGUGGUGGCUCGUUCGAAAAGAUGGACAAGAAGGCUGGGCGCCUAACAAUUAUCUGGAGUUAGUGCCCCGGAAGCCUAAGAGUACUCCUAUCGCACCUCCACCACCAGCUCGUCGACCUCCGCCGUUAGUGCCGCCGGCCGCGAACGCGUCAUCUGCUUCCAAGAACACACCAUCACCGAAGCCGGAGAUAGCUAAUGUCUCGGCGAAACCGGUAGCGGUCUUUCCUGGUAUUGUUCCUUCGAACUCAUCGGCCACACCUUGGAAAAAGCCGACCGCGAACAAUACUACUAAUGCUAACUCUACUGGCUCCCGGCCUGGAAGCGCAUCGGCUGGGAAGCCUCCUCCGCCAGUUGCGACAAAACCUAAGCCGACUCCCCCUCAAGUAGCUACGAAGCCAGCUCCAAAACAACCAGGCAAACCACCUAUCCCUGCACCCCCUCGUCCUCCGGUCGGCAACGGCUCGGCCCCGAAAGCGGCAGUCUCGAGGCCCACUGCACCGGCUGGUCAACUGGAUUUAGCCGCUGCUCUUGCUAAACGGGCGCAACGAAUGACAGGUGAUUAAUAUUUAAGAACCAAUUUUUGUGUGGCGAACGAGAUAUCUCUUUCACAUCGCAUCGACCCAAAGUUAUACCGGAUACCGUAGAAUAACAAACCUGAAUAGUUUUCUGAGGACAUUGCCAG